CGAAGAGAGACACUGACAGAAAGAACGCCUCUCUUCCUCUCUCGCAUACCCCUUCGUGGCUCCGUCAUCGGCUUUGCUCUGUCUCCUCAUCGAUCCCAACCCUCUCAGGGACUCAUCCGAUGCGACGCUGAGCCUAUAGACCGGUCUCGAGGUUUCAUUUCCUGCAACUUUCUUUUUAUUCCUGGCCAACAGGAAAGUUGAGAAAAGAUGGACCAUGACAAGACUGGAUGUCAAGCUCCUCCGGAAGGUCCUAUAUUGUGCAUCAAUAACUGUGGAUUUUUUGGAAGUGCUGCCACCAUGAACAUGUGUUCUAAGUGCCACAAAGACAUGAUGUUGAAACAGGAGCAGGCCAAGCUCGCGGCGUCGUCUAUUGGGAAUAUUAUGAAUUCAUCAAGCAGCAGUGGAAAUGAACCUGUUGUUUCUGCAAACGUGAAUAUCACAGUCAAUACACUAGAGCCUAAAACUACAUCCGAAGAACCCUUUUUGGGUUCAGGCUUGAAGGAGAAUGGUGAGGCAAAGCCGAAGGAUGGACCCAAACGCUGCAGCAGCUGCAAUAAGCGGGUUGGUUUGACAGGGUUCAGUUGUCGGUGUGGUAACCUGUUCUGUGCUGCACACCGCUACUCAGACAAGCACAAUUGUUCCUUCGAUUACCGCAGUGCUGAAAGGGAUGCCAUAGCUAAAGCAAACCCAGUUGUCAAGGCUGAAAAGCUGGAUAAGAUCUAGGUCCAAUGUAUUGAGGUUUCAUCCAUGAGUUGAUGUUAUGCUCGAUUUCAUCAUGAGAUGACCCGAGUUUCCUCCUUUUUCUUUUAUGUUCUUAUUAUGUUGUAUGUGGUCGGGAGCUCGGAAUUGUUGGACAUCUCUGCAGUUUGAAGCACUAUUUCAUGUGAUUGGAGGAAAAAGAUGUUGAUCCAAGUGUUUGUCAUCUUUAAAUCUCUCCUGGUUUGGUGAAAGUUGGCUUAUCAUUAGCUUUGUAAUGCGCCUACUUUGUUCCAUAUGGCAUCUGGGUAACGAGAACCAUGUGUAAAAUAUUGGCACUCUAAAUCAUGACGGUUUCAUAGCAACUAUUAAA